AUUAUCAAAUCAAACAAAAUCAGUACAAUUCCAAGACUGGACGGCUGUCAUGAACUCAAACUACUUUAUAAUCGCAUCAAAUCGUUUGGAAGCGAACCAAUGUUUGCCAAUCAAUCAAAACUAAUUGACUUAUUUAUGAGCCAUAACUUAAUCACAGAUAUACCACAAAACGCUUUCUAUGGACUCUCGAGUCUAAAAGUAUUAAAUUUAGUCCGAAAUAGGAUAACAUCUAUACAUUCGUUGGCAUUCCUACCACUCGUUUCGCUUAAGGAUUUGUAUGUUUUUUAUAUAAUAAUCUCAUUUUAUGUCAAUUAUUACAACAAAUCCUUUGAUAUUUUGAACAGAAAUUUAGGCGAUAAUCGGUUUCCAACACUUCCGACAGAAGGUCUGCAGAAUAUCUCUGAGAUCAAAGUCUAUGGCAAUCGAAACCUCAAAGAGUUUCCACCGGUGGAGGCGUUUCCAAGAGUGCAUACAUUAGCCCUUUCUUACGCCUAUCACUGUUGCGCUUAUAUCGGGAGAACACACUCUCCGACAGAUAAUCCCAAAUCUCUGGAGGAGUCAAUCGUAUGGCUGGACAAAGAGGACAUCUGGAACACGAAUGUGACAGAUGUGUGGCCCGGAGCUGUCAACUUCUCGACCAAGUUUGAAGAGUUCGCCAAUCAUAAACCAUUCAAAUGCCCAUUCAUGCCCUGCAAAGAUCUGUUUGAUUGGUGGACAUUGAGAUGCGGCGUUUGGAUCGUAUUCUUAUUGGCACUUCUGGGCAAUGGUGUUGUUGUGGUUGUAUUGAUAUUUGGCAGAAAUGUGCCCCGAUUUCUGGUCUGCAAUCUAGCGAUGGCUGACUUCUUUAUGGGCGUAUAUCUGGGAGUACUGGCAAUAGUGGACGCGUCGACUCUCGGCGAGUUCAAGGUGUUUGCCAUACGAUGGCAGACCUCAUGGGGCUGUCAAAUGGCCGGCUUUUUCGGCGUGUUUAGCAGCGAAUUGUCUGUUUAUACUCUGGCCGUCAUUACGAUGGAGAGAAACUAUGCCAUCACUCACGCCAUGCAUCUCAACAAACGGCUGUCACUAAAGCACGCGUCUUAUAUCAUGUCCAUCGGCUGGAUGUUUGCCAUAUGUAUGGCUAUUUUGCCGCUCUUAGGUAUUAGCGAUUAUCGCAAGUUUGCGGUCUGUCUUCCCUUUGAAGUCGAGGACUCCGUUUGGUCCCUGACUUAUGUCGUCUUCUUAAUACUCAUAAACGGCGUCGCAUUCCUCGUCCUAAUGGGCUGUUACUUAAGGAUGUAUUGCGCUAUCAGAGGAUCUCAGGUCUCAAUUCACUCAUUGUUUGUCCCAAAAAAAUAUGUAUCAAUUUUUUUGUCGAAUCUGUUGAAGGCCUGGAACUCAAACGAUUCCCGUAUCGCCAAACGAAUGGCUCUCUUAGUGUUCACCGAUUUUCUGUGUUGGGCUCCGAUUGCCUUUUUCGCGUUGACGUCUGUCUCUGGUCUUCAUCUCAUUUCAUUAGAGGAGUCAAAAGUGUUCACAAUAUUUAUACUGCCGUUGAAUUCAUGUGCGAAUCCAUUCCUUUACGCCAUUUUCACCAAACAAUUCAAAAAGGAUUGCGUUUUGUUGUGUAAACGCAUCGAAGAGUCGCGAGUGACCCGCGGUAUCGGUCGCUGUCGCAACUCAUCCAACUUCUCCAACCGACACACGCCUGCCGUUUCCAACUCAGCCAUUGAGCGCAAGAGCACCGGUAGUGACCAUUUGCCACAACUUGUCUGUCAGUGCGGUAUUCGUAAACCAAAGGUAUCGAUCGAAGAAAUCCGUUUAAUGACUAGUCUUAAGGCAUCGAUCAGUUGGAGGCAGAGAGCGAUCGAUUGGUUUCAUUUCAAUAAACGAAAUAAUUUGCAACAUUUCAGUAAUGAAACCACAAAUGAAAGCACUGACUGCCAGAAGAGUAAGGAUCGGACGGUCGGAAGAGCGGCCAGUAUUUCCAGCGAUAACUUCUCGUCGAGAUCUGAUUCCUGGCGUAACGCAAACAUACAGCUGAAGAAUAUCGACAAAAGCAAUCGAAACACUAGUCGUCAGACCAUCGCUCAGACAACUCGAGGCCGAAGAAACUCUUGGAAUAUAUCGAGAAAAGUUAACAUCGCAGGACUCAAGUAUGUCGUGCUCUCGUCAGGACUCGUCGUCGACAUCCACUUACACGAGUCGUAUCUCGCGAUCACAUCGCAGGACUCAAGUAUGUCGUGCUCUCGUCAGGACUCGUCGUCGACAUCCACUUACACGAGUCGUAUCUCGCGAUCGUCUUUCAGUAGCGAGUCUUCGAGCAAACAGACGGGCAUUAGUAGUUCGAGUACUAGUAGUAGUAGUGGCGGCGCCGGACCCUCAGGAGUGGUGAAACAGGAAUUGGUAACCAAAUCACAACUCAUUAAACAGACAUCAUUUGAAGACAUUAAACAACAUAAACCGCCGCCAAUUCGGACAGAAGGCAGCGGUUAUUUAUGUCACAACUGUUCCCGAAAAGACUUUUCGCAGCCAAAUAUUUCGCCAAAGAAUAUUAAAUUCAAAAACAAAGAAUUGGAAGAGAAAUUCAAUUGUUUUUAUAACCGAUUGGCCGAAGCGAGUCAGGAAGAGACCAGCGAUGGUCCCGAACCGGUCAUUGUGUCCUCCGAAUCGACUGUCGGCGACAAUAAACUUGACUUAAGUACUCAAAGCAGAGACACCGCCGAGACUUCAUUACAGGACAGCAUAAUAUCUCACGGUUUGGAUCUU